AUGGAGGGAUCAGAUCACAGGUUUUGUGUGAGGCAUCUUUAUAAGAAUUUCAAGCUCAGAUUCAAAGGCCAACAAUUGAAAAUUCAAUUAUGGGAGGCUGCAAGGGCAUACACUGAAGCAGAUUUCCAACAACAUAUGAGAAAAAUUAGAGAGUUAAAUGUUGAAGCUCAUGAUUGGUUGACAAAUGUGCCAAUUCAUUUGUGGUCAAAGUCAACCUUCACUGACACUUCAAAAAAUAAUAUGCUUAUUAAUAACAUUUGUGAGAGUUGGAAUGCUGUAAUCCUUAAAGUAAGAGAUAAGCCGAUCAUAUACAUGCUUGAGUGGAUUAGAAGGCAUUUAAUGUUAAGGUUUCAGUGUAAGAGGGAGUGGAUGCAUACACAGUUUGGGUUGUUUUGUCCAGAUAUCCAAAAGGCAUUCAACAAAGUGAAACAACAAGCUUCCAUAUAUAAGGUUCACUAUGCUGGUGAUGACAAGUAUGAAGUUCAAUGCUAUGGAAUCAGUGAGGCUAUUGACCUUGAAAGACAUACCUGCAGCUGCAGAGUUUGGAACUUAACUGGUAUUCCUUGUAGGCAUGCAAUGGCUUGUAUAUUUACUAAAAAGGACACUCCAAAGUCAUAUGUUCACCCAUUUUAUUACAGAGAAACCUAUAUGAAGUGUUAUGGUGGUAUGAUCCUUCCCAUUCCAAUGGGAAUGUUAAUGAAAACUGACAGCAUUGACACAUUACUUCCACCACACUAUAAGAAACCCAUUGGUAGGCCAAAGAAGGCUAGGAACAAGAAGAAUGAUGAUCCCAAAGGUUCUACCAAACUUAAUAGAUCAAAGGAAAGUUUGAAAUGUUCCAAGUACAAGGAAAAUGGUUAUAACUCAAGGACUUGCAAAAUACCUGAGCCAUUGGUCAUUAACAUACCUCCACCAAGAAGGGGUGGUAGACCACCAAGUGUUGGAAGAGGGAGAGCAAGAGGACCUGAUGGGAUGCCUGCAAGAGCAAGAGGAAGAAGGGGUGGUAGAGGUAGAGCCAGAGGAGUUGAUAUUCCAGCUCGAAUUGCAAAUCAAGAGGUUCAAAACAUACCAUUUUCUCAAUUGUCACAAACCCAAGCAUCAUCUUCUAGGUCAAUGAUGGAAAAUGAGUAUGCAUGCUGGUAG